CUGCCACGAGUCGCGCACGCGCGCCGGGGACUGCCUGCUCCUCUCUGUGACUUUCCUGUGUGUGUGUGUGUGUGUGUGUGCGCGUGUGUAUGUGUGUGUAUGUGUGCGCGCGCGCGUGUGAGAGAGGAGAGAAGGAGAAGAGAGCUCGAAAGAGGGUGAUUGUGUGAGCGCAUGGGAGGGUGCUGAAUAUUCCCAGACACCGGGACCACAGCGGCAGCUCAGCUGAAAACUGCAUUCAGCCAGUCCUCGGGACUUCAGGAGAGGGGACAGGACGCCAGGCAUCAACAGCCAUCAGCAAGACCCAGGAAAUAAGGAUUCUUCUGCCUCCACUUCGUGUUUUUAGCAGCUCCUUGCUAAAUUUCGAUCUCAAAAUGCAGAGGAUCUAAUUUGUUGAGGAAAACGGCAAAAGAAGGAAAAGGAGGAAAAGGGAAAAGAGAGGGUAUUUUGUGGAUGCUCUACUUUUCUUGGAAAUGCAAAAGAUUAUGCAUAUUUCUGUCCUCCUUUCUCCUGUUUUAUGGGGACUGAUUUUUGGUGUCUCUUCUAACAGCAUACAGAUAGGGGGGCUAUUUCCAAGGGGCGCUGAUCAAGAAUACAGUGCAUUUCGGGUAGGGAUGGUUCAGUUUUCCACUUCGGAGUUCAGAUUGACACCCCAUAUCGACAAUUUGGAGGUAGCCAACAGUUUCGCAGUCACCAAUGCUUUCUGCUCCCAGUUCUCAAGAGGCGUCUAUGCCAUCUUCGGAUUUUACGACAAGAAGUCCGUAAACACCAUAACGUCCUUCUGUGGGACGCUCCACGUGUCCUUCAUCACUCCGAGCUUCCCGACAGAUGGCACGCAUCCGUUUGUCAUCCAGAUGCGACCUGACCUCAAAGGAGCCCUUCUUAGCUUGAUCGAGUACUACCAGUGGGACAAGUUUGCGUACCUCUAUGACAGCGACAGGGGUUUAUCAACACUGCAAGCUGUGCUGGACUCUGCUGCAGAGAAGAAGUGGCAGGUGACUGCUAUCAAUGUGGGGAACAUUAAUAACGACAAGAAAGAUGAGACCUACCGAUCGCUCUUUCAAGAUCUGGAGUUAAAAAAAGAACGGCGUGUAAUCCUUGACUGUGAAAGGGAUAAAGUGAAUGACAUUGUGGACCAGGUUAUUACCAUUGGAAAACAUGUUAAAGGAUACCAUUAUAUCAUUGCAAAUCUGGGAUUUACUGAUGGAGACCUGCUGAAAAUUCAGUUCGGAGGUGCAAAUGUCUCUGGAUUUCAGAUCGUGGACUAUGAUGACUCCCUGGUGUCUAAAUUUAUAGAAAGGUGGUCAACACUGGAAGAGAAAGAAUAUCCCGGAGCACACACAGCGACAAUUAAGUAUACAUCUGCCCUGACCUACGAUGCUGUCCAAGUGAUGACCGAAGCAUUCCGCAACCUUCGGAAGCAGAGGAUUGAAAUCUCCCGGAGAGGCAAUGCAGGGGAUUGUUUGGCCAACCCAGCUGUGCCUUGGGGACAAGGUGUAGAAAUAGAAAGGGCCCUCAAACAGGUUCAAGUUGAAGGUCUCUCUGGAAAUAUAAAGUUUGACCAGAAUGGAAAAAGAAUAAACUACACGAUUAAUAUCAUGGAGCUCAAAACAAACGGGCCCCGGAAGAUUGGGUACUGGAGUGAAGUGGAUAAAAUGGUUGUCACCCUAACAGAACUCCCUUCUGGAAAUGACACAUCUGGGCUUGAAAACAAAACUGUGGUGGUCACCACAAUCUUGGAAUCACCAUAUGUUAUGAUGAAGAAAAAUCAUGAAAUGCUUGAGGGGAAUGAGCGUUAUGAGGGCUACUGUGUUGACUUAGCUGCAGAAAUUGCCAAACAUUGUGGGUUCAAGUACAAGUUGACUAUUGUUGGGGAUGGCAAGUAUGGGGCCAGGGAUGCAGACACCAAAAUUUGGAAUGGUAUGGUUGGAGAGCUUGUGUAUGGGAAAGCUGACAUUGCAAUUGCUCCGUUAACUAUCACCCUUGUGAGAGAAGAGGUGAUUGACUUCUCCAAGCCCUUCAUGAGUCUUGGAAUCUCUAUCAUGAUCAAGAAGCCUCAGAAGUCCAAACCAGGAGUGUUUUCCUUUCUUGAUCCUUUAGCCUAUGAGAUCUGGAUGUGCAUAGUGUUUGCCUACAUUGGGGUCAGUGUAGUUUUAUUCCUGGUCAGCAGAUUUAGCCCCUACGAGUGGCACACUGAGGAGUUUGAAGAUGGAAGAGAAACACAAAGUAGUGAAUCAACUAAUGAAUUUGGGAUUUUUAAUAGUCUCUGGUUUUCCCUGGGUGCCUUUAUGCAGCAAGGAUGCGAUAUUUCGCCAAGAUCCCUCUCUGGGCGCAUUGUUGGAGGUGUGUGGUGGUUCUUUACCCUGAUCAUAAUCUCCUCCUACACGGCUAACUUAGCUGCCUUCCUGACCGUAGAGAGGAUGGUGUCUCCCAUUGAAAGUGCCGAGGAUCUGUCUAAGCAAACAGAAAUUGCUUAUGGAACAUUAGACUCUGGCUCCACUAAAGAGUUUUUCAGGAGAUCUAAAAUCGCAGUGUUUGAUAAGAUGUGGACUUACAUGCGGAGCGCAGAGCCCUCUGUGUUUGUGAGGACAACGGCCGAAGGAGUGGCCAGAGUCAGGAAAUCCAAAGGGAAGUAUGCCUACCUGCUGGAGUCCACCAUGAAUGAGUACAUCGAGCAGAGGAAACCUUGCGACACCAUGAAAGUGGGAGGCAACCUGGACUCCAAAGGCUACGGCAUCGCCACACCUAAAGGAUCCUCAUUAAGAAAUGCGGUUAACCUCGCAGUACUAAAACUGAAUGAACAAGGCCUGUUGGACAAAUUGAAAAACAAAUGGUGGUACGACAAAGGAGAGUGCGGCAGCGGGGGAGGUGAUUCCAAGGAAAAGACCAGUGCCCUCAGUCUGAGCAACGUUGCUGGAGUAUUCUACAUCCUUGUCGGGGGCCUUGGUUUGGCAAUGCUGGUGGCUUUGAUUGAGUUCUGUUACAAGUCAAGGGCCGAGGCGAAACGAAUGAAGGUGGCAAAGAAUGCACAGAAUAUUAACCCAUCUUCCUCGCAGAAUUCCCAGAAUUUUGCAACUUAUAAGGAAGGUUACAACGUAUAUGGCAUCGAGAGUGUUAAAAUUUAGGGGGUAGGAACGAGGCUCUAAUACAAACUUCUGAGUGCACGUUUAGCUUUCUUGUUGCGUCCUUACGCUCUUUUAACUGAGGAAGAUGGCCAGUGGAUCAUCCUGUAUGUUGAUGCUCUUCAUGUUCCCGACCAGUGACUAACCUGCAGCUCACCUGUCUAUUCUCCUCUUUACUGGCACAGUAUCUGGGGUGAAUGUGAACAGAUUCCCACCAUAAUUGUGCAUUAUUAUUUGUAGUUCAGCUUGCAUUGUCCGCUUUCAUUUGCUAGAAGCUUUCAGAUACAAGUAAACUUUUCAAAAAAAAAAAAAAAAAACAGCACCGACCUUUACUCUGGAUGCAUUUGAAAACCAUAACGUAUGACUUUAUUUUUUCUUUCUUUCCUUCCUCUCUCAUUUAAGAUGACGUUGAGUGAUGCCAUGAGGAGCAAGGCAAGGCUGUCAAUUACAGGAAGUACUGGAGAAAAUGGACGUGUUAUGACUCCAGAAUUUCCCAAAGCAGUGCAUGCUGUCCCUUACGUGAGUCCUGGCAUGGGAAUGAAUGUCAGUAUGACUGAUCUCUCGUGAUUGAUAGGAACCUUCUGAGUGCCUUACACAAUGGUUUCCUUGUGUGGUUAUUGUCAAAGUGGUGAGAGGCAUCCAGUAUCUUGAAGGCUUUUCUUUCAGCCAAGAAUUCUUAAGUCUGUGGAGUUUACCUUGAAGUGUAAGGAAAGAGUCAUGACACACAGAGCAUCCUUUUCUACUCCGAAUUUCAGACGAAGCGUGGUGGACAUGCACAGCUAAUACAUGGAAGUACUAUCAUUUAACUGAAGUCUUUGUACAGACAACAAGCCCGUUUCCGCAGCCACUAUUGUUAGUCUCUUGAUUCAUAAUGACUUAAGCACACUUGACACCAACUGCAUCAAGAUGUGACCUGUUUUAUAAAAAAAAAAAGAAAGAAAGAAAAAAAAACAUUUAAAGUAAAAAAAAAAUAUUUUUAGGUAUUUUCACAGACAAACUGGCUUUUAAAUAAAUUUGCUUCCAAACUGGUUGGUUAAGACAAACAAACAAAAAGUCAAACUGAGUGGGAAGUGAUUGAGAAAAGGUCCACGGUAUCAGUUCCGUAAUUUUCAAAGCCAAAUAUGUAAAUGCUGAGGAAGGAAACAGAGAAGAGUCCAGUCUUGUAAUUUAAUAUUGUUAUUAAAACUUUAAUGUAUCCUAUUCUUUAACAUUUGGUGUUAAUAUGAAACUACUUGGCAAUGCUUGACAUUUGAAAUAAACAUUUUUCUAUUGUUUUAUUUGCAAGUGGUCAAAUUAAUUUUGCUUAGCUACAGUUUGGUCAUAAAUCCCAUGAGUUUAAAGACAUUAAUAUGUAGUCUUUAGGAUUCCAAAGAAAAGGGUCCUCCUCUAAAAGGCAGGAAGAUUUCUUUAUUUUUUUCAGGUAGGAAUUUUCCCUAAAUAGUAGAUCUAAAACUAUUUUUGUUCUGUAAAUCAUGCUAUGUAUAAUAAAAUAUCUCUUAACUAAAAAGCAUUUAGUCUAUAUAGAUAAAUGCUUAUAGAUUUAAAAACCAAAUUUAUAAGCAAAUAUCAGAAUGCCUAAAUUUCCAGCACUGAAAUGUUUAAGCUUCCAGAGGGGCAGUAGUCACUACCAAUGAAGUCAAAAAUACCUUGAGGGGAGCUGUUCAGAUAUUUGCACACUGGCCAAAUUCUCUAAUCUAUGUAUACAUUUUUAGUUUUAAAAUUAUAAGAACUAACAUCAGUGUUUGAAUACUUUAGUCACCUACAAUAUAGCUUCUUUCCAUUUCUAUCUAUAAAAUCAACCAUAAUAUAUUAUUUUUAUUUAUGCCUCAGGUAGAAUGAGCACUUUAAAUAUGUCUAAUAUGGAUAUUAUCCCAUCUCUGUAACUUCUUACUAAAGGGAUUAUAUUUCUCUAGUUCAUAGAUUUAAGUCAGCUAUAUUUCCUUCAUUAAAAUGAUUAUUAUUUCCACUAAUGUCCUCCAAAUAAAUUUACUUUAGUGUUAAAAAGCAACUGACACCCAGUAGUUACCUUAAAGAUUUAUAAUUGCAAUUUUUUUUCUCUUAAAAAUUUCUGUGUAAUAUUUGGUGUCUGACCAAGUGCUUUGUAGCGCUUCUCUAUCGGUCAUUUUCAAAGAAAAGGAUGGGAAUUCUAAGACGUAGCAGUAGCCACUUGCAUUUUACACAGUAGCAUGCAGCUUCUUGAAAAAUCUGCACUAAAUUUUGCCAUCCCUUCUGCAAAUUCCACGGUCAUACAAAAUAAUCUCAGCACGUUACUCAUCAGGGAUAUUGGAGGUACAUUUUGAGUUUUAAUAAUAAAUGCUAGAAUGACCAAAUUGCAGACUAAUUAUUUCCAUAUUGUACUUACAAUGAGUUUUUAAAAAUUAUGAAAGAGAUGACUAUAUACAAUCAACGCUAUUUAUUGUACCUCUGGGCCCUACUCUUCCAAAAAUUGAGCUUAUCAAUUUUCUCUGUCAAGCUUGAACUAAUGUAAAUAAUUGAAAUAAUGUAAAGUUAUAUUUUCAUGUUUUUAUAGAUAUGACAUGACACGAAUACAUAAUGUAUGAGUAUCUCAAGUGUGGAUAAUGUUGAUUGGCUAACGCAGAGCUCAGUUAUAGGCAGUAAAACCUAGUUCAAUAUCCAUGUAACAGUGUAUCAGUUUAUUGCUGUAUAGAUGUGUCUGUGUGCAUUUAAGUGAUAAGUGCUUCAAUAAGAGUGAUGACAGCUGUCUAAAGGUUUUUUUUUUAUUCAUUUUAUAUAAACUGUUAUGGAAAGACCAAAAUGUUUAUGAACUAUUCUUAUGUAAAUUUACAACUGCCCUUCACUGUACUUUUUGCUUACAGUAUAGGGCCUUAUUCUCUGCUGUGUUAAGUGGGUGACACACUCCAAGGAGACAUACAAUCUCUACAACUUCUAUUGAAGAUACUUGGAUUUCCAAUUUUUCAUGUGUGCUAUGUCAGAAAAUGCUUUUAAUUUUAUUUUUAAACAUAACAUCUGAUGGUUUUUUCAGAGUGUUGUGACCUUCAAUCAUACAUAAAAUAUGUUCUUAUAUAAAGUCAAGAUCGUUUUUUUUUUUUGGUUUUUACUUAAUAGUACAUCAAUCUAAGAAUGAGAAGCCAAAUAAGUGUAUCUUAUAUUAUCCCCAAAUAAAUCCAGAUGUUUCUAGUAAAAGAGGGGAAUCUCUGCUCAGUUUGUCAGCUAUGUAUGAAGAGAAUAAAAUUAGAAUGUCUUUUGAAAUUUAAAAUAGGAUGAUUAGUAAUUCUGAUAUUCCACACCCAUAGUCAUUGAGGGCUUUGGGCAUAUAUGGAAGUGUGGCUAAUGAGUUUGUAAUGUGAUCCAUUGAUAAAAUGCCAUGUUUUGUAUCAACCAUCCUACUGUGCCAUCAUCGCAUCUGCUAUGGUACUCACAUUAAAAAGCAGGAAAGCAACUGGCUUUAAAAUA